CCUGCAGUGUAAGUCAUUGUUGAGCUGCUGUUUGAUCUGAGUUCAUAUGCAGUGAAAUGGCAGAAGCCAAUAUUUCAGUGGGACAGGAUGAGUUUAUGUGUCCAGUGUGUCUGGAUCUACUGAAGAAUCCAGUAACCAUUCCUUGUGGACACAGUUACUGUAUGAGCUGUAUUACCGGCUGCUGGAAUCAGGGUGAUCAGAGGGGAGUUUACAGAUGCCCUCAGUGCAGACAGACCUUCACUCCAAGACCUGCCUUAUGUAAGAAUGUGGUGUUUGCUGAAAUGGUGGAGAAACUGAAGAAGACUAAACUCCAAGCUGCUGUUCCUGAUGGAUCUGGAGAUGUGGAGUGUGACGUCUGCACUGGAAGAAAACACAAAGCCGUCAAGUCCUGUCUGGUGUGUCUGGAAUCUUACUGUCAGACUCAUUUUGAACGUCAUGAAGAAUUUCGCUUGGGAAAUCCACACAAAGUGAUCGAUGCAACUGGACGACUGCAGCAGAUGAUCUGUCCUCAACACGGUAAACAAUUGGAAAUCUACUGCCGCACUGACCAGUGCUGUAUUUGCUACUUGUGUACAAUAGAUGAGCACAAAAACCAUGACACUGUAACAGCUACAGCAGAGAGGACAGAGAAACAGAAACAUCUGGAACAAUCACUAACAAACUUCCAGCAGAGAAUAUGGCAGAGAGAGAAAGAUAUUCAGGAGCUGAGAGAUGUUCUGAAGACUCAUAAGCGCUCUGCACAGAAAGCAGUGGAGGACAAUGAGAGGAUCUUUACUGAACUGAUCCGUUCAAUUGAGAGAAGCCGCUCUGAGGUGACACAGCUGAUCAGAGAUCAGGAACAUGCUGCUGUGAGUCGAGUUGAAGAACUCUUGAAACAGCUGGAGCAGGAGAUUGAAGACCUGAGGAGAAGAAACACUGAGCUGGAGCAGCUUUCACACACAGACAACAUUAAUUUCUUGCAGAGUGUCGAGUCUUGCUCUGUUCCUCCCAAAACCACUGUUGUGCCCAGAAUCACUGCCAGUUCGCACCUCUUAUAUGAUGAUGUGGGAAAAUCUGUCCUUCUGCUAAAAACGAAAAUUGAGGAUUUCUGCAAAGAAGAGAUAAAAAAGAUAUCUGAUAAAGUGACACACAUUGAGAUCAUUUCCACUACUGAGGAGAUCAUACAAUUGCCACAGUCGUGCUCCUUGGUCACGAUUUCAGGGCCACCACCCAGUCCAUACCAAAGGCUAGGAUUACCAACCAGUCCCUUCACAAUAACAGAGACACAGCCGAACCCCCUUAUAGUGCCAAGCACACAGCUGAGACCAUAUGCAAUGCCAGUCCCACUACCGAACUCAUAUGCAAUGCCAGGGUCACGACCGAACCCAUAUGCAAUGCCAAGGUCACGACCAAACCCAUUUGCAAUGCCAGGGUCACAGCUGAUACCAGAAUCAUUAUCAGAUUCAAAAAGAGCUUUUAACUCAAUGAUAUCAAAUCCGUAUCAAUUAGGAGUGCAGCAAUAUACCGAUAUUGUCGAUAACUGUGAUAUUUAAAGCAUUAAAUAUCGAUAUUGUGUUUAUUUAGGGUGUGACGAUUAUACCGGUAUUGGCGGUAACCACAAUAUUUAAAAUGAAUAGGACGCUUAUGAUAUCGUGACAUGUAAAUACUCCAGUGCCAGUACCUGGUUGAGCUCUCAGGUGGCAAUAUUGCACCUUAACACUGACACCUGACACAGUGGAUAAAUGAUAUGUUUUUAUCUGUAAUUAUAAAGAUUUGGUAGUGGGGCAGUAAAUUACAACAAUAUUUUAAUUAAUUUUAGCAAAUAAUUGUUUUGUGGGGGUUUUUCUGUUUGAAUUUUUGAUCAAUCCAGUUCUUUCUAUUUGGAGAAAUGAUUCGGCUUGUUAUUGAGGUUACUGAACACACACACACACACACACACACACACACACACACACACACACACACACACACAC